ACACACACACACACACACACGUGUUUGAUUGCCUGCUUAGUGCGUCCGGUUCAGUGGUUGCUCUGCCCGAAACAGCUGCAAAAAGGGGGGGGGGUUGGGCUGCUCUUUUGGCCCCACCGCUCUCCCUCUUGAGCUGGGGAAGUCUUCCUCGCCCUUGUCCCCACCCGUGCAGGAAGCCCUUCCUGCUUCCCCUCGUGGCUGUCCACGGCUCCUGCCACGGGCGGGAAGAACUUUGAGCAAAGCUCCCGUGGCCUGUGGCUCCACAUCACCCCCAGCCUGCGGAGCCUUGGAUGGGCCCCGAGCGAAGGAGGCGGCGGAGGUUGCCUUCCGUCUGCUGCUGCUGCUGCUGCUCCUUCCCCAAGGCAGAAAAGGCUGAGCCAGCCUGCCCACGGCCGUUCCUCCCCCCUCCUCCCCCCCUCCCCCCGUUUAUUUGUUCACUCCGGGCUCAAGGUCCUUCCUGUGCCGACAGUUGGGAGGCCACUGAGACGAACCUGGGCGCAGCGCGGGCCACAAUGCUCUCCUGGGUGCAGGGCUUCCUCCCGCUGGCAUGGACCUGCAGCCUUGUGGACUCCCUCCUACAGGGGCUGGUGGGGGCCUGUGCCGUCUGCAUCCUGGGCAGCCUGAUGAGGAUUUACCUCUAUGUCCAGUGCUUGAAUGACCCCGACAGGCUGAAGGAGAAGGAGGAGCUCCGGCAGCAGCGGCCCUUCCUGGACCGGCUCCAUCUCGUGGUGCUGACGGCCAUCUUCACCAUGGUGGGGCACCGGGUAGCCGCUCUGAUCGUCUUGGAGUUCUCCCUCCGGGCAGUGUCCGCCAUCCUUUCCCUCAACAAGGGGGCCCUGAGCAGCCAGCUCUACCUGCUCUGCCAAUACUCGCUGGGCUGCGGCGUCUCCUGCAGCCUCGGCUACCUGCAGGAAGGAGCGCCUCACCGCACCUGGAACCUCCUCCUGGCCGUGGGGCUGGCCACGCUCCUGACUCACUACGUCUGGCGCCUGGCCUGGCAUGUCUCCACGCUGUACGAGCUGCACUGCAAGGAGCGCUACUGCGGGGGCUGCCUCUUCCUCCUCACCACAUGGCAUGGCAUCCCCCGGCUGCUCUGCCGCGCCCUGCAGGUGACCUUCGGGGUGGCCAACUUGACGGCCGUGGCUCUGAUCAACCGGGACUUCCUCUCCACCACCGAGGCCAUCCGGUUCUGGACGCCGCUGACCAUCUGCUACACGCUUCUGAUCAUCUACAUGCAGGAGGAGCAGCACCACAACCCCAACCAGCACAUGGCUUUCCAGACCGCCUUUGUCAGGAUGGGUGGCCUCCUGGUCUUGUUGAUGACGGUGGGCCAGUGGAGGGACAUCGCGAACAUCCUCAUCUCUCUGGCGGGGGAGAUCUGGUGCCUGAUGCGGAGCGGGUCCAUGCUGGAGGUUUGCAGGAUGCAGGACGAGAGCCUCUCGCUCUCUGCGUCGAAGUCCGGUCCACCUCGCGGCCAGCGCCGAGAGCAUCACCCCUCCCGAUCUCCGGCAGCAGCGACCGAGGCCACGUCCUGAAAAUGAGGAGCCUCCAGCCUAGAGACCUUUAGUGGCCAGGCAAGCCGCAGGCCCGGCUCAUUUCUGGGCCUCUCCGGCUUUGGUGUCAUAACGAUUUGUGGGGCGCAGUGGUACCGCAAUUCCAUCUCCGGUCUGCCUUCCUGGGGACAGCAGAGAGGCCAAAACGGGUCGGGCUGGGAGAGGCUUCAAUCGGUGGCUGGCCAGGGGGGAGUCCAUUUGGGCUAAGGGGAGGCGCCGGAGACCUGGCUGCCAUUACCCUGGGGAAGGCCGAGAGGGUAGGAGUCACUCCGGUUCUG